AAUUUUACAGUUUUUGAAGAGAGAUCAACUGUAAUCAACCAACAAUAUGGAUGAUUUCCACAAUCAAUUUACGGUGGAACCAGUAGAAGCAUGUGAGAUAUGUGGGAAUAUUGGCUUUCUUGAUUGCAACUUCCUUUGCUGCAAGUGCAAAUUAACUCGUCAACAUGUGUAUGGCAAUCUUAUCUCUUCUAAUUACUUCAAUUUUUUUUUAUGUCUAUUAUUUUCUAUAAAAUAUAAUCACUCUAUUUGAAAAUGAUAUCCAAAUUGACAAACAUUAUAAGAGCAACUCCAAUGGUGAGCCACAUGGCGGUGUAGCUAAGUUUGCCACAUCAAAUUUCUAGCUACAAUUGAUUUAAGCCAGUAGCGGAGACAGGGGGGCUGGUAGGGGCAGCCGCCCCCCCAAACAUAAAUAAAAUUUUGAUAUAUAUAAUAGAAUAGUGUUGUUAUAACCAUUAAACUCCACUUGCUUCAGUGGUUUGAGGGAUUAUCAAGUAGAUAUGUGGCACUAUGACACGAGUUCGAUUCUCUCCUCUAGGUCUUACUUGCGUCUCUUUUUUUAUUAUUUUAUUACUAAUUAGUUCAAACACAAUAUAAUGUCAAAUGAACUACUUUGGUUUAGUGGUAGUACGAUGUGGCAUUGGUCGGUAGACAUAGUGAUCGAUUCUGUCAUUAGCAAAAUAGGUUUUUUGAUUUCUAUUUUUAUUUUUUAUUUUUUAUGUUUCAACGUCUAUGAUUAUAUUUUUUAACUCUAAAAUUGAUCUCAUUUUUUUAUUUCUUUAUUAUAAUUAUACCUCGUAUUUCAUAAUAUAAUUGAUUAAUUUUUUUUUUUUUUUUCCGACAUCACUCGUAUGACAUCAACCGCCCCCUCAAAGGUAUUGCAUGAAAGUAAUGUGUGAUGAUGAUGCUGACCAGGAAAACUGGGUUUGUGAAGAAUGCAAAUCCUGCAAUCAGAUACCUUUGUCAAUACCUGCCUACUGGCACAAGGUUGAGGAUACCGAUUAAGAAACCUCCUCAAAAUUCCAAGGUGCACUAUAUAUCCCCCGAGGAAGCAAAAGUCUUGGGGUCUUCAUCGAGCACAUCACAUUUUGCGUUUAGCCCCCCAGUGAACAAGCCAUAUGAGUCCAAGAUGGAAGUCGUUCCACCAUCCAAUCCAUCUCCUAAAUUCAGAAUAAAACCAUAUCUUCCAGUUGGGCCUUCAGGAAGCAGGGAGCCCCUGAAUAACUGGAGCAUGCCUAGCUGUAUUAAGGAUGAAAAAAUGGCAGCUUUUACUGAUGGACCUGCACGGCAACAUUGUGGGGAAAAUCAAACUGCUAAGCGCGUAUCUUUUGGGGAAGUUCCCAAGCCUGGUGUGGACAGAGACAAAACAAAAUUAGGCCACACUCCUGUUCAGUUAGGCCAGCGUUUUCCUGCUGUAAGUUCAGAUGAACGUCCACAGCGAUUUUGUAAAAGAACAACUUCCAAGUAUUUGUCUUUGGGAAAACUUUAUAAAGUUGACAUAAAUCCAGAUCGCACUUCUCAGCUACUCCAGUCUUUUCCAACUGGAAGUUCAGGAAUCAAUGUUGGUGCAGAAGCGCAGACACAGAAAAUUGACUCUCCGAAUAAUACAGUGGUCCUUGAUAGCUAUCUACCAAACCAUCCUGCAAUGACGCCCACUUGGAGGGGAACUUUUAAGAUCAGAAAUGAAGCAUUGCCAUGUAAUAUAUUUGAUGAAAUUCAAGCACAUCCUCCUUGUAAAGUACAUAGUAAAGUGUACAAGCUGUCAAAACAGUUCCCCGAGACACUUGAAUUUGAAAUGCUGCCUCAAUGGAACACGCGAAUCAGUAUUUUUGAGGAUGAUAUCCCUAGUGAGCUUGAUAUCGGACUCUAUUUUCUUUCUCCUAGGAUGUCCGAUUUGAACAGAGGUUCAAAACCGGAGAUUACAUCAACUGUUGGACAUGAACAAAGUUACUGCCUCCUUUUGGAGUACCUGGACAAGCAUGAACUGCUCUUGAAAACUCAGAUUGAUAAAGUGGAGUUGUUAGUUUUUUCUUCCAAGUAUUUGCCAGAGGGUUCUCGUAAAAUAUACCGAAAGCAUUUCUUGUGGGGAAUACUCCAGCCUUGCUGACUGAAGACAACUCUGUACGCUAAUAACUUCUCGUUCACGUGGUUUCUCAUCCUUCCUAACCAAUCUGACAUUUUAAUCCUUCAAGAAGGUGAAAGUAAGUGCAAGAAUUCAUCCUAUUUCAACUCCUAAGCGGAACUAGGAGAUACGGUCUUCCAAUUCUAAGUUCGGGGUAGUUGUGCUGGUAUGUGAACAACUUGUGGGCAUGGUUUUCUUCUUUCUCUAUUAGGAUGUUUGUUGUGUUUUAUCAGCAUGGAUAAUGGUAUUCAUGGUGGUGAAUUGGUGAUUGGUCAAUUUUAUGGAGUUUUACAUGUCACAAGUUAAGGUUUAAGACAUAAGGAUUACUGAGGUGUUUAACCUGUUACGAAGCUCAGUUGACUGUCUGUGCUCUGAACCAUGGUUUUGAUGUUUAUGUUGAGUUAGAUUGAAUAUACAUACUUGUAAUGUUAAUGUACAUGAACUGAUAUUAACUUGUAUCCUAAUUGAUAUAAUAAACAUUAUAUCCUGGACUUCA